GGUGGAAAUCUAUGAACAAACUCAAAGAUGUCAAAUGGCACAUGUUGAGGAGCCUAACUGUUUUGAGGAAGCAAUGAAGAAUAGAAAAUGGUGCAAAGCUAUGGAUGAGAAAAUGAUGCAAAGCUAUGGAUGAGAAAAUGAAGGCCUUGGAAAGAAAUCAAACAUGGGAGCUUGUAGACUUGCCUAAAGACAACAAAGUUGUAACUCUAAAGUGGUUUGAUGUGAAGUUAGCUUUCUUGAAUGGAUUCUUGGAGGAAGAUGUAUAUGUACAGCAAUCUCAAGGUUAUGAAAUUGAAGGACAAGAGCAGAAAGUGUACAAGUUGAAGAAAGCACCACAGGCUUGGUACAAAAGAAUUAAUGCUCAUUUUUGCAGCCAUGGAUUUCGUAAAAGUCCAAGUGAGCCUACUUUGUAUGUUCAGACCAGAGGUGGAGAUGAGUUCAGUUUGAAUGAUGGAGAAGAAAAGGUUGAUGUUCAUGCCUAUCGCAACCUUAUUGUGAGUCUUCUUUAUCUCAAAAAUGGUAGGCCUAAUAUUGCUUUUGCCAUCAGUGUGCUAUCUCAUUUCAUUGUUAUCUCUUGGAGUUCAAAGAAGCAAGCUUUCACAGCUUUAUCCUCUUCAGAAGUAGAAUACAUUUCCUUAACAGUAGCAGCAUGUCAAGUCACAUGGACAAGAAGAAUUCUAGAGGAUAUGAAGCAAUUACUAGUGAAGCCAACAACAAUAUUUUGUGACAAUCAAUCGACCAUUGCGAUGACAAAAAAUCCAAUAUUCCAGAGUCAAACUUGUCACAUUAAGACUCGGCAUCAUUUCAUAAGGGAGUUGGUGGCAAGUGGAAGCUUGGAAGUUGUUCACUGCAACUCAAAGGAUCAAGUCGUUGACAUCUUCACGAAGCCACUUCCUUUGGAUAAGUUUAUCCACUUGAGGGAUUUGCUUGGAGUUUUUAAAAUUUCAGCAUUAAGGGGGAGCAUGUUACGAUAUAAUGCUGAAAUGGGUCUUUGCUUAGUUGUCAAUUUGUGGUUUACGUGUCUACAAGAUAAUUUGCAGCAUUUAGUUUAUUAAUUGAUAGAGUCCAAGUUUGUUAUUUAGUCUUUACUUAGUGGAGUAUGGUUCCUUGUUUUUAGAGAUAAGAUUAGUUUCUUGUUUCUAGAUUGUGGAGUCCUUAAGUUCUUGUAUUGUGCAAUGUUGCUCUACUUUUUCUAUUUAAAUGGGCACAAAUCAGUUGAAUAAAUAUCUUCAAUUCAA